AUGGCCUCGACGACAACCUCUGGGGCCGGCUAUAAUCGUCCGAGCUCCAAAGGCUCGCGACCUACAGCAGCUUCUUCCCCUGGAACGUCUUCGCCGCGGGUUUCCGAACCAAGUGACCUGACAACACGGCAGCAACUGCGGCCGGGAAAGACGACUAAAGCGCCGGUGGACAAGACGAAGGAAUUUGAGCGCGCCUUCACAAUAAAACAUUUAGGAAUACUCGGUGUGUUCGGCUGGAUACUGCUUUUGCAUGUUGCUGGCAUCUUCUUUUUUACAAAAGGUUUCCUUCUCACUCGGAUGGUCUUGGAAAAUAAAUCGGCUUGCGAUGUUCUUCCUUUCGACGAUGCUUCUUCGUCUUCAUCAGCCAGUAAAGGAAAGCGAGGAUGCUGGCAUGAAAAGUCAUUUGACAAGGCUAUUGUGAUCAUUAUAGAUGCAUUGCGGUACGACUUUACCGUACCUUUUGUACCAGGAACGGAAAGUGAAACAGCGCACCUGUUUCAUAACAACAUACCAGUUUUGUACGAAACGGCCGUCAAGUCUCCCGAGAACGCUUUCUUGCUUCCAUUCAUUGCGGACCCGCCGACCACGACAUUGCAACGACUCAAAGGACUGACGACCGGCACUUUACCUACAUUUGUUGAUGCUGGCUCCAACUUUGCCGGAACGGCAAUCGAUGAAGAUAACCUCGUUGCGCAGCUACACGCGGCAGGCAAGACCUUGGUCCACCUGGGAGACGAUACCUGGCAUGCUCUUUUCCCUGGCUACUUCGACACUGCUCUGACACGGCCUUUCGAUUCCUUCAAUGUGUGGGACUUGCACACUGUUGACAAUGGAGUCAACGAUCAUCUUUUCCCGCUGUUGCAUCCUGAGAACUCGACAAAAUGGGAUGUCAUUUUCGGUCAUUAUCUCGGCGUCGAUCAUGCUGGGCACCGAUAUGGACCAGACCACCCGGCUAUGGCCGCAAAACUCCGCGAGAUGGACCAAGUAGUCCGAGACAUCAUUGCCAAGCUAGAUGACAAGACACUUUUGGUGGUCAUGGGUGAUCACGGAAUGGACUCCAAGGGCGACCACGGGGGCGAGUCGAAUGACGAAGUUGAGGCGGCUCUCUGGAUGUAUUCCAAGAAAGCAGUCUUCGGCCGCACGAGUUGGGAGACCGCUAAUCCUCCAAGAACCGCACGGGAACGGUUCAUUCCCCAGAUAGACCUCGUACCCACUCUGUCACUUCUUCUGGGGAUGCCAAUCCCCUUCAACAACCUUGGUUCUCCGAUUGAGGAGGCUUUCAUCGGAGUUGGGGGUAACGGUUGGAAAAAUCUUGCCACAGUAAACCGCCUGACCUCUGCACAGAUCAGACGGUAUCAGCACGAGUACACAUCCUCGCAUGGUGCGGCUGAAGCCCAGUCACUUGGAUCAGAGGGGCUCUGGGAGGCCGCAGAGAGCGCCUGGCAGCAGCUCUCCAGAGCUGGUAAAUCGAAUGUGGCAGCUCCGCGUUCGGCUUCUGAAUUGCAUCACGAGUACCAGCGGCACGUCUUGCAUAUCUGCCGUGGGCUAUGGGCGAAGUUUGACGUCUCCAGCAUGUUGCAGGGCAUCGCAAUUCUUUCUGCAGCGGCCGUCCUUCUCGUCUUCUACGCACGAGGUAUGAAAGCCGCCCGAACAGAACUCACUCAGUCUCUGCUCUCCUCCGUCGGGGUGGGAUCAGUGUUGGGUGCUGUGACUGGAGCUUGCUUAUGUUACUCUCGCAUGCUGUCUGCUCGAGCAGCCGAGUCUUGUGCUCUGCUGGCUGCCGUAGGAAGCAUCAUUGGCGCUUCGUGGGCCAUUUUCGGUAAACCUGGGCGCAUAGCGUUGCCUCUCCCCAAUAGUCUUUGGGGUUGGCUCGCAAUUAUCUUCACAGUGUCCCAAUCGAUAGGUUUUGCAUCUAACUCGUACACAAUAUGGGAGGAUGAAAUCCUUCUGUUCUUCCUUUCAACUUUUGGAGUCGUCGCGGGUGCAUCAUCGAUGCGGCAGAAGUCAACCGCGGACCGAGUGCUUGGAGUCUAUCAUUCAAUUUUAUUUGUGAUUCUGGGAAGAGUUGCGUCCUUUUCCCGCUUGUGCCGCGAAGAGCAGAUGCCAUUCUGCCGCUCCACCUAUUAUGCUUCCACGACGUCCUCUACGUCUGCUCCCUGGCAACUUGUCAUUCCCCUUCUCGUGACCCUCAUCCUUCCGGCGGUUGUCCGGUCUUUCUAUGCGGGCUCCAAAUCCUAUGAAGGCGCAGCGACAUUGUGGAUCGGCUUUGCGUUCCGGUUCGGUCUCUUUAUUGCGUCCAUUUUCUGGACGCUCGAGGCUGCCGACGACGGUGAAUGGGGCCUUUUGAGCAAGGAGACCCUGAAGACCAUACGCGUAUUCCUCGCUCAGAUUGUCCUUGCUCUUGCAUUUGCCGCGGGAACCACCGCGUUCGUUUACACCAAACCGUGCGUCAGCAUCAAUGUCAGCCAAGGAGGCGCUGGAUCCGAGGGUACAGAACCGGCCAGGAAGACCGUUACUAUCUUGGGGUUCGGGAAUGUCUAUGGCACACGAGCUUUCCUCCUCGUCAUUAAUUUCUGCCUGGCGAUCAUUCUCAUGCAGAAACCCAUGGGCCAAGGGGCAAUCGGCCUGUUGCUGUGGCAGAUCCUCUCUCUUCUUGAGAUUCUUGACACGAAUGGGCUUGUCACCGGCAACUCGGCCAUCGGGCCUGUAGUGUUGGGCCUGCUUGGGUCGUUCCACUUCUUCAAGACUGGACACCAGGCCACCCUCACCAGUAUCCAAUGGGAAACUGCGUUCAUCCCUUUGUCUUCUGUUCAAUAUCCUUGGUCGCCCAUUCUGGUAAUUCUCAACACGUUCGGCGCGCAGAUCCUCACUGCAAUUGCGGUUCCUCUUACGGUGUUGUGGAAACGACCCCUCCAACUGCACGACAGCAGCUCAUCCACCACAUCCAGCACGCCCACCACCAGAAUCCUGUCCGAUGUGGCGCAAGCGGCCGCGACAUAUAUUCUUUACUUUGCAACGAUCAACCUAGCAACCACGAUGUGGGCUGGCCACCUGCGCCGCCACCUCAUGCUCUACCGGAUCUUCUGCCCUCGAUUCAUGAUGGGGGCUGCUGUUCUUGGUGUUGUGGAUAUUGUGUUGAUCUUAUUCUCUGUGGCUGGCGUACGGUCCAGUAUAUUGAGUGUGGCCGAAAUAUUUGGCUGGUAG